UCACAAACGGUCAGCCUGGCCUAUGAUGCCGGCCUUGCUUCCUGCACCGUAGCUCUCAGUGUGACCAUUUUUUUCUUCAAACCUCCCUUUCAUUGAACCGCUGUAGACCAGCGUAUUUGGUACGAUCAACUCAUGUCCGACCCAUUCGAUGUUAUACCAUUCGAGGACAUCAAGGGGGAGUGGAAGAAGUUAGGAUCAGGUUCUUUUGGGAAUGUCUAUAAAGGAUCAUACCUGGGCAUUGAUGUUGCAAUCAAAGAAGUCCUGCCAUCCAGCAGUUACAACGUCGCCAAAUAUUUUGAGAGGGAAUGGAGGUUAAUGAAAGAAGCUCGUCAUCCAAAUGUUGUGCUUUACCUCGGCUUGUCGCGUGCCCCGCCUCCAGAUGGACGAAUAUUCAUAAUAUCAGAGUAUAUUGAGAAUGGAAAUCUCAGAACAUACAUAUUCGAUAAGACGAAACCUUUUCCAUGGCGUCUCCGGCUUUCUUUUGCUACAGACAUUUCCCGUGCUCUAGCAUACCUUCAUGCACGCAAGUGCAUACACCGGGAUUUGAAAGGCGAAAAUCUUCUUGUCACCGCAAACGGCAGACUGAAGAUCACCGAUUUUGGUUUCGCUCGGAUUGCCGCCCGCAAUGAAGAGGAAAGCAAACGUCUCACCUUCUGCGGGACUGACUCGUAUAUGUCACCCGAAAUUCUACUUGGGGAGGAGUUCGAUUUGCCCACAGACAUUUUUUCUCUUGGCAUCAUCUUCUGCGAGAUCGCCGCGCGAAGGCUAGCCGAUGACCGCCAUUUCAAACGUACUGGCCCAACGUUUGGCGUUGACCCUGAGGAGGUGCACCGGUGGGCUAGCCCCGGUUGUCCACCGGCGUUCCUUGCUCUUGCAUUCGACUGUCUUGCUCAGGAUUCAAAGGCACGCCCCACCACUCGCGUUAUUUUAGAGAGGCUAGGCGAAAUCGAAACGGAGGUUUUGUCACGUCCAGACACCGAAGACUUUCACGUUGGGAGUAUCAGGCUUAUGACAGGAGGCAGACGCCCGGGUGCUGCUCCCCGCAUCCCAAGUUUUGGGGCUGGUGUUGGGAAGGACAUCAGGCACAAUACGGCCUCCGUCAAAGAGGAUGUUCUUGCGGCCCUGUCCAGCGGCGAGGAAAGUAGCGACGAAGAGCCCUUGGGCGCCAUGCAAAGUCUGGAUCCAAACAGCGAUUGGAGCACGGCUGCCAACGGACACUCGGGUGAUAGCACUCAACCUCUUCUCGUCAGUAACUCUAGUACAUUGUCAGAAUACAGCGCCGCCGUCGACCGGGCCCAUGUUCCCACAACUACAGAUGACGUGGCGACAUCUUUGUCUUCCAUUAUCACUAUUCGACCUGCACUUGACCCAAACGGAACGGCGGAGCCCACUACCCCAGGUAGUAAUACUCCAACGAGCAGCGACUCCAUCAUGUCUGCGCAGAGUUAUCAGACUGCUCAGUCAUCCAUCCAGUGUUCUACCACAGCGACGAAAGGCCACUCCUCCAUCGAUUCUCCCCCCAUGCUUCACCGCUUUACUUUACUGAAACCUGGCAUAAAGCGUACCAGCGGAUCAGUAUCGCCAACACGUCAUGCCGACGGAGGGUGGAACCCGUUAGAACUGAUCUUCUCCAGCGGAUUACUCGUGCAGAAGUGUGAUAUAUGUUCAAAGAGGAUUGGUUGGAAACCUGUUUUGCAAUGUGACGAUUGUGGGCUGCGGGCUCACGUGAAAUGCGGAGAAGUUGCUCCUCGUGAUCGUAAUAUUCAUUCGGUAAUUCAACCAGCCCUGCACACAUCAUCGCCCCUGUCAAAGGGAAGAAGCCAAUCAAAGAGAGUAUCCUUACCCACUUCGAUCACGCGAUAGGGACCCUGCAUAUUCUAUUCUAUCAUCGCUUAGUUUUCUAGAUUUCUCCUAUCAAGCCGCAUAUAAUAGUAAGUUAUAUCCAUCCGACGAUAAAGCACACUACGUCACUGCCGAGUUACUCGGUAUCCUUGCCUUGUAUCUGUUUACCUAUAUUGGUGUAUUCCCAGUGUCCUGUACACGUUAUCUGAUAUUGAUGCAAAUAGCACUGGUCCACUUGGAGCUCUGGCCGUUAUCAUUUUGCCGAGUGGCAAAAGUCGUCGACUACACGAUUGUGCCA